GGCGACCGCUGCGUGCUCGUCUACGAGCCGUGCCUCAGCUUCGUCGUCGCGUUCCUGGGCUGCGGCCGCCGCGGCUGCGUCGCCGUGCCCGUGUUCCCGCCGGAGCCGCGGAAGAAGUUCACGGCGGAGCUCGGCGCCUUCGUGUCCAUCUGCGGCUCCUGCGACGCCCGGUUCGCGCUCACGUCGACGGCGUACGGCUGGGCGAAGAAGGCCGGCGCGCUCGCGGCGUCCGCGGCGUCCGUCUUCGGGCCCCGGGGCGUCGCCUGGCCCGAGUCGCUCAAGUGGAUCGUCUGCGACGCGGACCUGGGCAAGAAGGGCGACGGCCUGCCCCACGGGCCCGUCGACGGCCCCCACGCGAACGUCGCGUUCCUCCAGUACACGUCGGGCUCGACGUCCGAGCCCAAGGGCGUCGUCAUCACGCACGCGUCCCUGACCCACAACCUGACCCUCAUCGUCUCCGAGCUGAAAGCGACGGAGAAGACGGUGUGCGUCUCCUGGCUGCCCCAGUACCACGACAUGGGCUUGAUCGGGAGCUACCUCGGCACGCUCCGCUGCGGCGGGUCGGGCUUCUACGCGUCGCCGUUCACCUUCGUGAAGCGGCCGGCCUGUUGGCUCGAGGCCAUCGCCAAGUUCCGGGGCACGCACAUGCAGGCGCCGAACUUCGCGUACGCGCUGUCGACGCGGAAGCCGCCGGCGGCGAGGCUCGACCUGAGCUGCGUCGAGCACAUGAUCGACGCCGCGGAGCCCGUCGACAAGGGCGCGCUCGACGCUUUCGUCGCCUUCUACGGGCGGGAGCACGGCCUGCCGGAGAACGUCGUCUUCCCGACCUACGGCCUCGCGGAGUCGACGGUCAUGGUCACGUGCAACGGCGCGGCGGCCGCGCGCGUCGACGGCGACGCGCUGCGCGCCGACGGCCUCGUCGUCGAGGCGGCGAACGGCGAGUGGCUCGUGGGCUGCGGCGCGCCGCGGGCCGACGCGGGCGUCGACGUCGCGAUCGUGUCCAACUGCGGCGACGACGACGACGGCCCGAAAAAGCGGCUCGGCGAGGGCCGCGUCGGCGAGAUCUGGGUGUCGUCGCCGUCCACGGCCGCCGGCUACUGGAACCGGGACUGCGACGGCGAGUUCCGCGCGGAGCUCGCCGACGGCACCGGGGGGCCCUGGCUCCGCACGGGCGACGUCGGCUUCCUGCUCCGCGGCGAGCUCUUCGUCUGCGGCCGCCUCAAGGACCUCGUCAUCCUCCGGGGCAAGAACCACUACCCCCAGGACAUCGAGCGGUCCGUCGAGCGGGCCGCGCCGGAGUCGCUGCGCCCGGGCUGCGUCGCGGCGUUCUCCGUCGACGACGGCGGCGAGGAGCGGCUCGUCGUCCUCGCGGAGGGCCCGGACGGCGCGUUGGGCUACGGCGCCCUCGCGGAGCUCGUCGCGAACGCCGUCGCCGCGGAGCACGGCGCGGCCGUCGACGCCCUCGUGUUCCUGAAGCCGCGGACGAUCGCGAAGACGACGUCGGGCAAGAUCGCGCGGAAGCGCUGCAAGGCGGGCCACGCGGCGGGGUCGCUGAAGGUCGCCUUCGCCGCGAACCUGCGC